UUAAACAACUGGCAAAACAGAAUAAGAAAACGGACAGAGACAUACAUAGUAAAAUGUUUCGACCUAUAUUUUCGCUGUUGUAGUGUUGUAAAAAAAAACGUAGCUAGUGUCCGGUUUGAAUUAAAAUGUUAGUUAGGAGCCGUCGGGUGUUUUUACGGAGAUAAUUUCACCAAAUCUUCCAUCAGAUGUGACAGUGAUGCUAGCUGUCCCCUGACAACACUGCGUUAAACGACAAAACUGGAGACCGGGAACAAACAGAAACACAGAUAAAAUAAUAAAUAAAUACACAACAGCGUGCGUUUCAUCCACAGUCACCAUGAACAGGACCAAACUGAAGAAAACCAAGGCUGUGCCAGGAGGACUGAGGAGUAUUUCAUCCUUCUUCUCCUGUCAAAAUCAGCAGGAUGUUUUAUCCUCUACAAAAUUAUGUGGUCCUAAUCCUGUUGUCACAAAGACUGAACCUACAGUCAAAGAUGCUGAAGCUUCUACAUUUAAACCCCUGCCCAAAUCCCCCUUUAAGAGGAGUGUUCUCGGAGACCUUGAAAACCUUCUCCCCUCUUCACCUGAUCUUGUUCCGUCUGUGCCCGAGACCCCAAACAGUCAGAUCAGGAAGUCCUCCACCACUUCCUCUGGAGAUUUCAGCCCCAAGUCCAGGAGAGACCCAGUGGGGGUACUCGGUCAACUUUCCCCGAUCUGUCGCAGUCCCCGAUCUAAAGGGUUAAGUUUAAAGAGAGUGAUGAUGGAGGAAAGAGAAAAUAAGAGAGGAGAUGGACAUUCUGGAUCCAGUAAAAGACUCUUCAGCCCUCCUGAAGAGUCCCAGGACGCCAAGAAGCCAAAAAGUGUUGUUACAGCAGCACAAAGAUGUAUGAGCCAGAAAGUAACUACAUCUGUGAUUGAUCCUGUGAACAACCCAUGUCUCCAGAGAAACUACAACUUAUCAAAUACAGACGCCAACAGACUAAAGGACCAGAGUUCCCCCAGAGACCACCAUGUUGUCUUUAAUGGCAACGGGGAAACCAUGCCUUCAUCAAAAUCUGCAUCCCUCCUGUCAAGAAAACAGAUUGAGAAAGUGGACACAAAAGGGAAGUGGAGUUAUACAGAGAUAAUGGAGCAGAAGGAGAAGCAGCAUGAUCCACACACACUCACUUUUCAGUCAUGUAAUGAUGAUACACAUGUUCCUGAUACUCAUAUGCACAAGACAGAUACACAAACCAUCUCUACUGAACUACAAACAAAUUCAGAAGAGGAUGCUGUCGACCUAACCAAGAACACAGCCACCAGAACGCCAUCAAAAGGAGGUGGAGGAAAUGUGACGCCAGCGGGUCAGGAGCGAGCUGGAGAGAAAACAGAAGCAAGUUCAUGUCCUGUUGAAGAGAUGCUGGAUGAGGAGUGGUUUACGGAGCAGACGGAACCUAGUGAGAAUAAAUCCAAAAAAGCCUGUAAAGUUCCUGACCACGUGGUCCUUUCUGGAGGUUCCAAUAACCGCUACUGGGUUUUGGAUGUGGAGGAGAGCCCUGGUCAUAAAACACUGACUAUCUCAUGCUCCAGAUCUCUACAUCCAACCGAGACGUGUCUGCUCAAAGACGGAUGGGAGAUGACACCUGUGUUGUGUGGUGAUGUGGUGCAUCUGGAGGGCCGCUGUGAUAAUGGUUUGUGGUUCGUGGACAGGGAGCAGGGGUUCCUGGUUUUACAACCUGACAGCCUCAUCUCAGGGACGAGCAUCUCCAGCUCCAUCCGCUGCAUGAGACGAGCAGUACUGGGAGAUAUGUUCAAGAGUUUUGAUGGCGGGUCAAAGCAGAUGCUCAACGGCACCAUGGUCCAUGAAGUCUUCCAGAAGGCUGCCAUGGCUAAAGAUUUCACAUCGGAGACUCUGUCUAAGUUUGCUGACCUGGCCCUGCACAGUCCUCAGCACCUGGCAGACAUGUACAGUUUGGGUGUAAGUCAGGAAGAAAUGACGCAGGAGCUGCACAAUUACCUACCGUCUCUUGAACAUUGGGCGAAGGAAUACCUCAGCUCCCAAACACCAAAAGCCAUCAGCUUAAAAAUUCCUAACAGUGGAGACAGGUGUCAGGACGCAGCCGUCACAGUAGCCAAGCUGGCCGACAUAGAAGAAAAUGUGUGGUCACCGCGAUUUGGCCUGAAAGGAAAAAUUGAUGUAACGGCACAAGUUCGAAUUCAGAGAUCACGAAACGCUGGUCCCAGAACUUCAGAGGAGAAGACGGUCCCACUGGAGCUGAAAACCGGCAAAGAGUCAAACUCAAUAGAGCAUCGCAGUCAGGUGAUCCUUUACACUCUAAUGACCCUGGAGCGAUAUAAUCCUGAGGCCGGCCUCCUGUUGUACCUAAAGACAGGAAACCUGCACCCUGUGGUGGCCAGUCACAUGGACCAGAGAGAGCUGCUGAAGCUGAGAAACACUUUGAUUCAUCACAUUCACAACUGUGUGGAGAAAAAGGCGGAGAAGAGCCAUCUGUCUAGACUUCCUGACAUCCUGACAAACAGACAAACCUGCCAGUACUGUCCCCAAAGGAGGAACUGUGCUUUAUAUGAGAGAGUGAUGGAUGGCAGCUCUGCAGACAUCCAUGAGGAUGUUGUGUGUGACUUCCUGCAGCAGGAGACGGGCCACCUGACUCCAAAACACCUGAACUAUUUUUCCCAUUGGCUGCUGCUCUGCUGUUUAGAGGCAGCUACUAUGGAAUCCAAAAACACGAGAAAGAAUGUGUGGCUUCAGACACCCGAGGAAAGUGAGAAGAAAGGGAGCUGUGUGGGGAAUCUGAGGCUCAGAGGUCCAGUCACUGUGCAGUCUGAAGGGGUUUUCCUUCAUCACUUCCAGAGGAGUAAUGUGGUAAUGCAGCAGGGUCUGUCCACUGGCUUGACUAAUGGAGAUCGAAUCGUUCUUAGCGAUCAAGAAGGUCUUCUAGUCGGAAUAGCAACAGGAUAUGUGAGGGAAGUCAGCAGGACAUCGAUCAGCUGCACUCUGGACAGGGACGUGUCUAAGUUCAGUGGCGUGUUGUUUCGUUUGGACAGCGAUGAAGGCGUGGUGGGUCUCAGUACUCACCUCACUAAUCUUUCCAGACUCAUGGACAACUGUCCUGACAGUGAUCGUUUGAGGGAGCUGGUUGUCGACUUUCGUCCUCCGGAGUUUAUCUCCAACCUCAGUUCCGUUUUACCACGUGAAGCCAAAGACACUGUAGCCAACAUCCUCAAAGGUCUUAAUAAACCCCAGAAGCAGGCAAUGAAGAAAGUUUUGUUGUCCAAAGACUUUACAUUAAUUGUUGGCAUGCCUGGCACUGGCAAAACUACAACCAUCUGCACUCUGGUUCGCAUCCUACAUGCAUGUGGCUUCAGCGUUUUACUGACCAGCUACACACACUCUGCUGUUGACAACAUCCUGUUGAAGCUUAAGCGUUUCCGAGUUGGAUUUCUGCGUCUGGGGCAGGGACAGAAGGUUCAUCCAGACAUCCUGCCGUUUACAGAGGAAAGUGCAAGGAGGAAGGGAGUUCACACCUUAUCAGAGCUGGAGCAUCUUUAUAAUAAGGAGCUUGUCGUGGGAACCACCUGUAUGGGCAUCAAACACCCCAUUUUCUCACGCAGACGGUUCGAUUUCUGCAUCGUAGACGAAGCAUCACAGAUCAGUCAGCCUAUCUGUCUCGGCCCUCUUUUUUAUGCUAAAAGAUUUGUCCUAGUUGGAGAUCACCAACAACUGCCACCAAUAGUACAAAACCAGGAAGCGAGGUCUCUGGGGAUGGAUGAAAGUCUGUUUAAGCGACUGGAGUGUCAUAGUGAAGCUGUGGUCCAACUCAAUGUCCAGUACAGGAUGAACAGGCAGAUCAUGUCUCUCAGUAACUGUCUGAUGUACGACGGCCGGCUGGAGUGCGGAUCAGAAAGGACGGCCUCUGCCCUGCUGACGCUGCCCUUCCUGCUUUCUGUCCAGUCGGAGCUCAGUUCUUACUCUCAGACUCAUCCCCAACACAAUCUGUCAUGGAUACAGGAUUCGUUGUUGCCCACCAACCCUGUCUGCUUCCUGGACUGUUCAAUGGUGCCAGCUCUGGAGUCGGUGGAACAGGGAGGUGUGAGUAAUCAAACAGAAGCUGCUCUCAUACGUGUGCUGCUCUCACUGUUGAUAAAGGCAGGGUGUAAACCCAGUGACAUAGGGGUCAUUGCACCCUACAGACAACAGUUAAAGACCAUCUCUGCUCUGCUGCAGUCCUCUGCUUUUACCGGCGUGGAGGUCAACACAGUGGACAGAUACCAAGGACGGGACAAGAGUGCCAUUGUUCUCUCUUUUGUCAAAAGUACUGCCGAGGAAGGAAAUUUAGGAGAGCUGUUGAAGGACUGGCGUCGCCUGAAUGUCGCCAUCACCAGAGCUAAACACAAGCUGCUAAUGGUGGGUUCAACGUCUACGCUGCGACGCUACGCACCUGUUGAGAAACUACUCAGUCAUCUCCAGCAAGACAACAUGAUUAUCCAGCUCCCUCCUGCUGCACACAAGGCCUUACCCAGCAUGCACCUGUGAAACAGGCUUCUGGGGCUGUUGUGAUUUUCCUCAAUGGGGCAACUACAGGCUUUGACAGGAAACUGAAUAAAACAGGAGCAGCAUGUACCUCAAUUCCAUACAAUGACAGAAUUUAAACCCUAAUAAUUCUUCUUUUCUCUUUUUAAUCUUCUCGAAUCAUCCCAGUGGCAUCUGUAUAAAUUUACUUCACAACUUUUAAGUUAUUAAUAUUCUUCCUAACUACUAUACUAGUAGUUAUAAGAAGUAGAUCUAAUUUUUACAACAUAACUGGAAUAUUAUGGUUUCUUUAUAUUAGUACAUCUUUUUCGCAAAGCACUGUUCUGAACUCUGAAUUCUAAAACAUUCCAGUGCAAUCACAUACCUUAUUUAAUUUGCAGUACACUUCAAGAACUCUAGUUUUAACAGUAUCACUUGUAUGUAUUUUUGCUGUCGACAAAGAACUUGAAUGGUAAUGACCUGGGGACCUGAAAUACUAAACUAGUUGCACAAAACCAAUACAUCUGUACUGAAUAUGUGGAUGUGACACAUUCCAGAUUAUGGUACAGACUGUGUGAAUCUGAUGUAACUCCAGUACUUUUGAUCUUAUCGUUCAUCAGUGCCCCCACUUCUGUGUACAUUCACAAACAUUAAAACAUGAUUACCUGUAAUGUGAAUAUGAAGACUAACUCAUAGUUUUCUAUGGUUUAAUCUUCUCUGCUUUAACAGUUACAUAAGCUCAUGUUUAAUCCAAAAUCUUCUGGAUGAAAGUGUUUAAAGAGAUACUGACACUUUUCUUAAACCUUUAGUGAAUGUAUUCUGUAUUACAUAACAGCUUCAUUGUGUGGCUUCCUACUCACUGGAUCAGCUGUAGAUCUUUUUGAGUCAUGUUUUAAUAGAAACAUUUAAUUAUUCAACUGCUUCCUCCAACAAAUUUGAGUAAAUCUAUUAUUUCAGUUUAUGGCAUAAUGUCAGUAACAAUAAACACUUGAAUUCUAUGUAUAUAUGUAUAAAUAUACGCUGAUUUACAUCCUGCUGAUUAGACAACGGACUAAAAAUUAGAGAAUAAAGGCAAAUACUUCUGUAGUUGAGGGC